AUCAGUCUUCUGCAAUUUUAAUGAUUUUACUUUUUGCUUUUUUACUUGCUCCACGCUUGACUUUCUUGCUUGCGUCUCCAUUCACCCCUCUCUCUUCUCCACAAUCUCACCAACCUUGUACGAAAUUACCAGUGCUACCAACAAUGUGACAAUCCAAAUUUGUUAGUGCCUCCACCCGAAAAACUGAAGUUUCGGGUGAUACGCAGCAGCUACUUUGAAGAAAAAUACUUUAUGAGAAAGAGGCUGACUACAUCCGCAGUUCCAACACUGCACUUGCCAGUGUCAGAAGCUGCCUCUAUUAAAACAGAGCAGCAAGAGACCCGGAUGGAAAUACCAGAAGAAGAACAUAAAUGCAAACCUGACUGCACUGGGGGAAUGGAUACUAAGAGUGGCAUCGUGAAACAUGUGGACUUCACGGCACUUCCUGGACCAUCCGGAGAAAUGCAAUGCAACAACUUAGGCAGACUAAGUCUACAAGAAGACAAGUCAUUGCAUAACGCAGAUUGUGCUGUCCUUGGAAGAGAGCAUCAGUGAUCAGAAACCCAGAAAAGCCAGAAAGAUAAUAUACUGAAGAUGCUGAAGGACAACAUCGUGGAGAAGCCCUUGCAGUAACGAGUCUACAGCGCCGUGGCAGCGGUAUUGAAGGCAGCGCGGCAGUGCAAGCGGCGGCAGAUGCCAACGACGGACCGCAUCA